AUGACCGAAGAGCCCAUCGACUUCAAGGAUUUGGAGGCCAAAUACGCAGUCGAGCCUGAAACCAAGCUCGACCGGUUUGUGAUUGUGGACGGCGCACCUAUUGUGCCUGAGGCAAAAAUCGAGGCCCUCACCAAGGUGCUCAAGAAGGUUAUUGGCAAGGUUCGUCCAAUUAAGGAACCUCACGGUUUCCAUAUGCCCACGGAUGAGAGCGGCAAGAGCAUGGGGUACGUCUUUUUGGAGUUCAACACUGAAGAUGAUGCCCGUGAGAUCAUUAAAAAAUUCAACAAUGUCAAGCUUGAUGCCAAGCACACACUUCAGGUCGACCGUCUUGGAAACGUCGAAAAGUUCACAGACCCCAAGGUUUCCACAGAUUACAAGGAGCCUCAUCUUGAGCCCUUCAAGCCUCUGCCCCAUCUUAAAUCCUGGCUCACCGACUCCCAGGGCCGUGACCAGGCUGUCAUGCAUGUUCACGAGACAGUUGGUGUGUAUUGGAUGAACAAGGACAGUGCGCCACGUGAGGCUUUCAAGCGGGAACGCAUGACCGAUACUUACGUUCAGUGGUCCCCCCGAGGUUCUUAUUUGGUUUCCAUGCACCGCCAGGGUGUUAUGCUUCACGCCGGUGCUCAAUUUGAGUCCGUUGGUCGUUUCCCCCAUCACGAGGCUGAGCUCAUUCAGUUCAGCCCCGAUGAGCGUUACUUGUUUACUGCAUCUCGCAACCCCAUCCCUGCACCCCCCGAGGAUCAUACUCAGGCUGCCAAGUGGCCAUUCAAGGAGACCGACGUUGGCAACCAAAUCGUUCUCUGGGACGUUCAAACAAAGGCACCUUUGCGCACUUUUCCUAUGGGCGACUACAAUCCUUAUGUUACCUACAAGAACCCCAACCAUGCUACCAUCGUUCCCGGAACUGCUGCCGCUGCCAUUAUUGCUCGUGAUGCCGAGCCUAUCAAGUGGCCUGCUUUCAAGUGGACUCCUGACUCCCGCUACUUUGCCCGCAUUAGUUCCAAGGACAACUUGAGCAUCUACGAGACACCGUCAAUGUCUUUGGUUGAUAAAAAGUCGGCUAAAAUCAGUGGUAUCAUGGACUUUGAGUUUGCUCCAGCCCUGGUUGGUGGCAAGCAGAUGCUCGCAUAUUGGACCCCUGAGGUUGAGAACCAGACUGCCCGUGUGUGCCUCAUGGAUGUGGCCACAAAGACUACCAUCCGUAACCGCUCAUUUUUCAAUGUAUCCGGUUGCCGCAUGUUCUGGCAGGAUCAGGCCCAAUUUUUGUGUGUCAAGGCUGAUCGUUUGACCAAAAACAAAAAGGGUCUGUUCACAAGUUUGGAGAUUUAUCGUCUAAAUGAAAAGUCUUUCCCUGUCGAGGUGAUUGAGCUAAAGGAGCUUGUUCUCAACUUCGCCUGGGAGCCUCGCGGGGAUCGUUUCGCAUGUAUCUCCUACUUGGAUCUGCCCAACCAGAUCAUGUCCAACUCUCAGCAGAUUUUAUCUUUCUAUGCUCUUGAGCGUUCCAAGGGUCUCCAGGGCACCUGGAAGGAGGCAUAUCGCUUCGAGAAACGUCAGACAAACUUCUUACUGUGGUCCCCCCGCGGCCGCUUCUUGCUUUCUGCCGUACGCAACACCAAGCCUGAGCUUGAGUUCUGGGAUAUUGAUCAUGACGCUAUGUCUGGUAGUAUCAAGGUUGAUGGUGCCCUUAAGGCCGCCAAAGAAUUGCCUAUCGCUGUUGUCAACCUUGGCAAGAGAGAAAACCAGGGUAUGACCGACCUGGCAUUUGACCCUAGUGGUCGCUACCUUGCAACGGUUUCAUCCAUUGUUGGUAACACGUCAUCUCCUGGCUUUAAAUUGUGGGAUAUUCGUGGUCAGUUGUUGCGCGAAGAGAAGAUCGAUAAGUUGAAGGCCUUCUUCUGGCGCCCACGACCGCCCUCGACUCUCUCUGAGGAAAAGCGUAAUGAGAUCAAGAAGAACAUCAAGACUUAUGCUGCUCAGUUCGAUGCUGAGGAUGCUGCCCGCGAGUCCGAAGAGUCCGAAGAGCUCCAGAAGAAGCGCGAGGAAGCCUACAAGUCUUGGGUGGCUUUCCGCGCCGACGUGCAGGCCAGGCUCGGCAAAAUGGGACUGGUGCCCGAAGAAAUGCAGGUCCAAUUCAAGGAUGGCAAAAUCGUUGUUCUCGAGCGCGAGGUUCUCGAAGAAAUCGAAGAAGAGGUUUAG